AUGACUCGCGUCUCGCAGAUCUCGGGCGACACCAUCACCGGCGCCACAACCACCUCGGGACAAAGCAGCAGCAGCAGCGCCGGCCUCAGCAGCGCCAUUGCCGCCACGCCCUCCACCACCAGCCAUAGCAACCAGUCACGUAGCGACACCUCGGACGACGGCACCGUGGCGGUGGCGGCCCCAGGCCGCAUGCCCAGGGCCGAUGUGUGCUUCGUCGUAUGCGAUCUGGCGCGGCUCGAUGCGGUGUGGCACCGCGACCCGGCCGCGGCGCGAGAGCUGAUCCGGGCCUACAUCGACAUCGUCCGACAGGCCGGCCGCCGGCACCGUGGCCACCUCUUCUCUCGGCCCAUCUACCACAGCGGCGGCACGUUCCUGCUGGCUUUCGAGCGCUGCGCGGCGGCGCUCGACUUUGCACUCGACGUGCGGGGUGCGGCCCAGAGCGCAAAGGCGGCGGCGGGGGCGGCCGUGGACCACCUGCGCAUCGGCAUCGCGCAGCACGCGGGGCCGUGUCCGCCGGCGGCCGACGACCCGUUUAGGCGGGGCUACCAGGAGUCGUGCUAUGCAUCGGCCUGCCGCAUGUGCACGUCGAGCGCUACGGGCCACGGCGCCAUCGUGUGCUCGGCCGACCUCGCGCGCCAACUCGCCGCGCCGCCGGGCCUGCGCUUCGUCAGGCGAGGCGAGACGGCCAUCUUGGUGGACAGCCAAAGUAAUGGUGGUGGUGACGGCGAAGAUGACGACAACGACAACGAAGAAGAUGGUAACGACCACCAGCAGGGCGGCCUGUGCUCGUCGAACAUGUGUUCGUUCAUCAUCAGCACGGACAAGCUGGUAAGAAGCGACGUCAAGCUGGGCUCGGGCGGCUACGGCCGGGUGUGGAAGGGCACCUACGGCGGCCAGACGGUGGCCAUCAAGACCCUGCACGGCGGCCAAAUGGACGAGGCGCAGCUCCUGGCCAUACGCGAGGAGGCCGCCAUGCUCUACAACGUCGACCACCCCUACGUCGUGCGGUUCAUCGGCCUCGCCCUCUCGACCCGCGACGCCGGGUGCGGCCCCAUGCUGGUGAUGGAGUACCUCAAGGGCGGCAACCUCGAGCAGCUGCUCGAGAACUCGUCGCGCAAGCUGAGCUGGGCCGACCGAAUGCGAAUGCUGUGGACCGCAGCGCUGGGCCUCGAGGCCCUCCACGACCGAGUUUGGCAU